AUAUUUUGUGCUUCAAAAAAAAGUCAAAUCUGUUUUGACUUGUUCAACCAACUUAGGCACAUAAGUAAGGUUAAUGCGUAAUUAACAAAAAUUAGAUCAUCACUGUAGAGAAUUGAGGUCUGGAUUGCAGUUGCGUACUACUGAAAGCAAUUGAUCGAUUUUAGGGUUCUUCGGGCUGCCAUUCCCAAAACUACUGUCGAAUCAAAUUGCAGAUAUGGGUGUGUUCGAGCUGCGGUUGGUAAUAAUGGUGGUAACGCUCUUGUUAAUAGUUCCAAGCAUGUAUGGUUGGGGAAAACAAGGCCACUUUAUGACUUGCAAGAUUGCUGAGAAUUUUCUGACUGAAGAUGCUUUAGCUUCAGUGAAAGCAUUACUUCCAGACAGUGCUGAAGGUGAGCUUGCUUCUGUUUGCUCGUGGCCGGAUGAGAUUCGUCGUAAGGCCCAUUAUCGCUGGAGUGGUCCUUUACAUUACAUUGAUACACCUGACUUCAGGUGCAACUAUCAGUAUUGCAGAGAUUGCCAUGACUCUGUUGGUCGUAAAGAUAGGUGUGUCACUGGAGCAAUUUACAACUACACAAUGCAGCUUAUGACAGAGAGUCGUGAUUCCGAUUUCUCAGUAAUGAAGUACAACUUGACAGAGUCACUUAUGUUCCUAUCGCAUUUUGUCGGCGACGUUCAUCAGCCAUUGCAUGUCGGCUUCACGGGAGAUGGAGGUGGGAACACGAUUAUCGUCCGUUGGUACCGGAGGAAAACUAAUUUACACCAUGUGUGGGACAAUAUGAUCAUCGAAUCUGCCCUGAAGACAUUCUACCACUCAGAUAUUACAACAAUGAUCCAAUCUAUUCAGAGCAACAUCACGGAGGCCUUUGUUGACGAAUACUCUUGGAAAAAUUGCAACGGUACAGUUUGUCCAGACCCGUAUGCUUCUGAAAGUAUCAAAUUAGCUUGUAAUUUUGCUUACAGAAACGCCACUCCUGGAGUCACCUUAGGAGGUAAAAAUUGGACUGUUAUGCUAUAUAUGCUGCGUAUGAUUCUGGUUUUGGAUUUGGUGAAUAAUUGCUGCUGUGAUGUAUGUGCCAAUAUUCCCUUUUUCUCGUGCAGACGAUUACUUCCUCUCUCGUCUGCCAGUUGUCGAAAAGCGAUUGGCCCAAGGUGGGGUCCGUUUGGCUGCUCUUCUCAACAGGAUUUUUUCCAAGCAUAAAUCAACUGCCAAAGAAUGAUAUAACCGGAGGAUAGAGAUGAAUAUCUGGUGGGGACCGCUUUUUGCACCAUCCCUUUUGGCUUGUACUUCCCCUCACGUCAAUACAUGUAACUGCCUAAUUAAGCUGUUGAUUGUGGGCAAAGUCAAUAUUUGCUGGAAAGCUAAGAAUUAUUGUGCCUUUUAUAUGUCUCUAUGAUCACACUAUACACACUAUUUUAAGUGCUAGGAUUCCCUGUUAUUCUGGAGUGUGUGUCUUUCCCAUGUUGCUUCUAUUGACAAGCAACUUAGAUUACACUUUAAACAUGAGCAGAAUAUUUUGCUUGUAAGCAUUUGUAUCCUAUUAAGUAUCAAUUAAUUUGUGUA